CCUGUCCCUUCCUCUUUUCCACUCCCAUUUCCCUCCCCUUCCCAGUCCAUCCACCCUCCUCCUCCUCUUUCCUUCCGUCCACUUUCCUUCCGCCCACUCAAACACACCACUUACCACGCAAUUCUCGAACCUGCAACUCACUCUCCCUACCCGACCGACCCUCACCGAGAAAAAUCGUCCACUCUCCCCUUCAUCGUCUUCGGUCUGGGGCUUCUUCUUCGACAAAACCGACGACACUUUCGCACAUUUAUCGACACAUUCGACUCCUGGGCAGACUUUUCACGCAGCAGGCUUUCUGCACAGACAAACGGAAAGGGUUGUAACGGGCGUCGCAGCCCCGGAUUUUGGCACCAUCCCCCGCGUUUCCCUCCCAGCGACUGCAUACAGAAAGGGCCGAAUACACACUCCAUCCCUCGCCAACACAACUCCACGGAUCGCUCCUAUUGUCCCAGAAGCCUGUUUCCAUCACUCUGCACCCUCUCUUAUCAAUCCUCUUUCCCCGCAAAACUCAAUCACGCCCGCUAGACCUUCAUUGUCGAUGCCAGCGCCCCUACAGAGCCGUCGCCGUCGCUCGGAAUAAUCAUCACCCAUUUGGUCUGCUUGUCUCAGAGCGACCGACGACCACCGACGACAACAACCGCCACAACGUCUUCACCGUACGUCGCCACCAUGACACAGGCCGUCAAGCGGGCCUGCGACGCUUGCCAUCGUCGCAAGGUCAAAUGCGACGGCGUCAAUCCGUGUCGCAACUGUCAUACUGCGCAGCUAUCCUGCACCUACAAUGCUAUUCCUCAGAAGAAGGGCCCCAAGGGCUCCCGUGCAAAGGUCAUUAGCGAAUUGAGGGAAACACAGCGUCAGACCAGUUUGUCCGCAAAGGUUCAAAACCGCAUGAACGGCAUUCCGAAUCCUCCAGGCCCUGUCAGCUUGGCCCCAACCCCCGGUCUGCUCUCGAGCGAGCUCGUCAAAGAAUGCAUCGACUUUUACUUUGCCAACCUGUACGAAAAGAUGCCCAUCCUCGAUCGUCGCCAACUCGACCAGCAACUUCCUUUCAUGGAGCAGAACCGCGACACCUACUGCCUGCUGACCUCGCUGUGCGCAUUCAUGAUGUUGCAGCCAGGAAUGUCAAUGCCAACAGGUGACCCUUUCAACCUCGAUGUCAUGCCCGGUGCCACCAUCGUCGCAAGCCAGCUGCUUUUGGAAGAGACCCUGCAAGUUCGCAAGGGCUACGACUACCUCGACAACAUCAGUUUCAAUACUCUUGCCACAAACUUCUUCAUAUAUGGCUGCUACCAUGGUAUCGAACUGCACGACAAGGCUUGGUUCUACCUCCGCGAGGCUUCUACCAUGAUGCACCUCAAUGGCAUGAUCAAGGAGGAGACGUACCAUGGCCCCCAAUGGGAUAAUGCCGAGUCCUCUCGGAGAAGGCGGCUUUUCUGGCUGUUUUACAUCAUGGAAAGAUCUCACGCCAUUCAGCGCCAGCGACCUUUGACUUUACAAGCCACCAUCAACCCGCCCAACUCCGCCGAUGACCCGAGUGACCCACUCAGCCACCAGCUGAACAGCUUCAUCAUGCUGGUGAACCUGUUCCGCCCCUUCGAUGAUGCCUUCACAGCUAUCUGGAACAAGACGCGCACCAACCUAUAUGUGUCUAACCUGCAGAAGCAAUUGAACGAGGUCCUCCCCACCUACCUUUGCCAAGAUGGCCAGCUAUCCGACCUUCGCACCAACCAGCAGUGGCUCAAGAGCACUGUCUGGCAAUUGACCCAUGGAAACUCGUCCAACGAAGACAACAUGAAUUUCAACUACCCAGUUGACCUUUCCCGCGAGCUUCUGAUGACCCUCGCCUCUCACUUCCCUGGACAAGGGAUGGAGUUGAUGAGCUCCGGCUUGAUUGAAAAGCUUUUCGAGAUUAGCUGCAACAUGACCGACUUCCUCGCUGUUCAGCCCGCCGCGCGGGAUCCCUUUACUGUCGGGCCCCGGGAGCAACUCAACCAGACUCUCAAUAUUGUUGCCGUUCUCCGCCAUGGCGAUCAUCGCUUCCUGCCGCUGUUGCUGAACAAGGUUGCCGAUAUUAUGCCUCGUUUGACCAACCCGAUGCUGCAAAAUGCGCCCGAAAAUUCUAACAUGGGCAACAUUGAUAUCUUUGAUGGCUUCGGCAAUGCGGGCAUGGCACAGCCUCCAUCUCAGAUGCAGAUGCAGAUGGAUACCGACUACGAAAGGAAGUUUUCCGUUGCCGAUUACGAAAAGAAGUAUGGCGUGUCCGACAUGAACAGCAACGGCAGUGAGUCCAACACCAUUCCUGCCACGUCUGCCAGUGCAUCAUCCGUUCCUCCAGCGACUACUGCGGAUAUGAACUCGCCUUUUGCCAGCAGUUCGCCCGCCAUUAUGUCUCCACCAAUGGAGUAUCCCCACAACGGAAUGAACGACUAUGGAUGCACGCCGAUGCCCGAUCUGGUCAUGAGUCCGGCCGGCCAGAACGGAUCGGCGAUGAACGGUCAAAGCAACAUGAAUAAUCAGCAUCAACACCAGCAAUCGCAUCACAUGAUUCAGAACCACAUGACGCCACAGCAAAUGCAGCCCAACAUGAGCCAGCAUCACAUCCACAACAUUCAGCAAGGGCAGAACAUGGGCAAUAUCAGCCCACCAUCAGUUCAGUCCCAGCAGUCGAUGCCAACAUCACAUCCUAUGGGACCAGGUGGAAACAACCUCAUGAAUUCCAUACCGCGCCAACAUCCGCAGCGCGCCAGUAGUUAUGCUAUCCCGCAACAACCGAUACCACGCACCGUUGGAGACUUCCACGCACUGCAGCGGGCCAAUUCCGAUAUGCCUGGUCUCUCCGGCAUAAGUACGGAGAUGGACUUCAAUACGUUGCGCUGAUGUCGUCUGUAAGCGUUGCUAGCGUGUGUUCAGAUUGGGACAUCUCGACCACAUCGCUUUUAGUUGUUUCCGCGCCAUUUAUUUUCUUUGUCAGAAGCGCUGGCUAUUUCUUUCAUGUUUUACCAUUUUCUAGAUCUUUGCUCUUUUUGCAUUCAUUCCACCAUCUUCGGGAUGGGGCGCGGGUUGACACCGCCGCCACUUGAGGAUUAGCGGGGAUGGCAGCAAAACAAAAAAACUUAGGUGCCUUGGGUUUGGGGACUUAUGUUGCGAAACAUGGACUUCUUGUAUAGGCUUAGGGUCAUGGUCACUCUCGCAUCUGCCGGCUGAGGCAUGGGAACAGGAGUUUUUCAAGGCGUUUGAAAGAGUUUGCCACGUCAAGAGGAGGAAACUAGGAUAUAUGAGCAUGGCCGACAUGGGAGCGGGUAUUUCGGUUACGGCUGAAGCUUGAAUUGCGCAGGCAGCGGCAUUUCUGCCGACUCCCAUGAUCGAUAUGAGAAUUAGGAACUUGUCGAGUUUGCAACCACGCAAUAUUGGCACGCGUCUGUCUCCAAAGAGACUCGAUAGACGAAUUGAAGACAUUAGAUUGA